AAAGGAUAGGUCAUUACGAUUGAGGACGACGACCAACUGCGCUAAGUCAUAAUUAAGCCAAAGAUGGAAAAGAAUCUACCGGCAUCCAUUUCGAAGAACAAGAGAUUCGAAUCGACGAUGAUGAGUUCUCCCGUGCCAAGUUUUGCCAAGUCCAAUGGGAUGAAAAAGAAGACUACGACCUUUUCACGAUUCAUCCGCACCGAUCGUGCCGCAGGGGGCUUGACCAAUGGGGUGAAAAAGAAGACUGUAUCCGUUUCGCGAUUCAGCCGCGUCCAUCGUGUCGCAGAGGACCUGACCCGUGAAUUGGCCGGCAUGUCGUUGAAAAAACAGGCUGUGCAACCGCGUCGUCGUUAUUCUUUCACCAAUGAGUUCCCGGAUGAUCCACCAAAGCCAGCUCCCAACCGUCGCUGCUCGCUUGUCCGCCGCAACUCAAUUAACCUCCCAAUUGAGUCCAAUUUUGAUAUGUCCGUGCUGAUGGAUGAUGAUGAUGAGGAGGAGGAGGAUGAUGAGAUGAUGAUGGCGAAGGAGGAGGAUGAUGAGAUGAUGAUGGCGAAGGAGGAGGAGGAUGAAGUACAGGAUCUAAAUAUGACCAGUGGCUCCAUCAACCCAGCUACAUCGACCUCGAAAGGCGCCAUCCCGAAGCCGCCCAAAAAUUUCGGCUUUACCUUCUAGAAAUGCAAGGACUAAUAAAUCAAGCUAGCUGAGCGCUACGACUAUUAU